UCAAAUUUCUUUCAUAUGCUCCUUAAGUUUGUUUUCCUAAUAUUGGUAACAUAUGUAGGCAUCACAACAUUAGUGGGAGGAGGAACAGGACCUGCUGAUGGAACACGUGCAACCACUUGUACACCAGCAGCAUCACAUAUGAAACUAAUGCUACAAUCCACAGAUGACCUGCCUUUAAAUUUUGGUUUUACAGGCAAGGGAAAUGGUGCCAAACCAGAGGGGCUUCAUGAAAUAAUUAAGGCUGGAGCAAUGGGACUGAAGCUUCACGAGGACUGGGGAACUACUCCUGCUGUAAUAGACAAUUCUUUGACUGUUGCAGAACAAUAUGACGUUCAGGUUAAUAUCCACACUGACACCUUGAAUGAAUCUGGAUUUGUGGAACACACAAUUGCUGCAUUUAAAGAUAGAACCAUUCAUGCUUACCACAGUGAAGGGGCAGGCGGUGGUCAUGCUCCAGAUAUCAUCAAAGUUUGUGGUGUAAAAAAUGUUCUACCCUCAUCAACUAAUCCGACACGUCCUUUCACUUCAAAUACCAUAGAUGAGCACCUUGACAUGCUGAUGGUAUGCCAUCACCUUGAUAAGGACAUUCCGGAGGAUGUAGCUUUUGCUGAAUCACGAAUACGGGCUGAAACAAUUGCAGCAGAAGACAUUUUGCAUGAUAUGGGGGCAAUUAGCAUUAUAUCUUCCGAUUCACAGGCUAUGGGUCGUAUUGGAGAGGUUGUUAACAGGACUUGGCAAACUGCUCACAAGAUGAAGUUAUUAAGAGGAUCCAUUGAAUCGAGUGGAUCAGACAAUGACAACCUCAGGAUAAAACGAUAUGUUGCAAAAUACACUAUUAAUCCUGCUAUAGCUAAUGGGUUUUCUGAAUUUGUUGGUUCAGUUGAGGCAGGGAAGUUAGCUGAUCUUGUUAUUUGGAAACCAUCUUUCUUUGGGGCAAAACCUGAAAUGGUGAUCAAAGGUGGCACGAUUGCAUGGGCUAACAUGGGUGAUCCAAAUGCGAGCAUCCCAACUCCGGAACCGGUGAUAAUGAGGCCGAUGUUUGGAGCAUUUGGCAAGGCUGGAAGUUCUAACUCCAUUGCUUUUGUCAGUAAGGUGGCCAUAGAGAAUGAGAUAAAAGCCCUGUAUGGACUCAACAAGAGGGUGGAAGCUGUAGGAAAUGUGAGGAAGCUCACCAAACUUGACAUGAAGCUUAAUGAUGCCCUCCCAAACAUCAAGGUAGAUCCAGAGACGUACACAGUGACAGCAGAUGAUGUGGUUCUUACCUGCACUGCAGCUACCACGGUUCCUCUUUCUCGAAACUACUUCCUCUUUUAGGCAUCAUGGAUAAUGGCUCUGAUAUUUCACUGUGUUAGGUAACUGCUGAAAUGAACUGUAAUAAAUGAAAAAUAUUUCUCAUUCCAAAUUUAAUAAACAAAAAUAUCAAAUUGUUUUCUGAUUGCUGCCUAGAUGAUUUGGUUGCAUCUUACAUUCUGGGGUCCAAUAAGUAAAUGAGUCCAUCAUCAGAUAUCAUUUUGUGAAGAUAAUAAAAAUUUGUAGUUUUGUUAAAUAUUUUGUGUUCCCUACAGUUAA